GACUGCGGGCACCGAGUCGUCUGGCAAGACUGCGGGCACCGAGUCGUCUGGCAAGACUGCGGGCACCGAGUCGUCUGGCAAGGACAGCGGGCACCGAGUCAACUGGCGGAACAGCAGGGCACCGAGUCGUCUGGCAAGACUGCGGGCACCGAGUCGUCUGGCAAGACUGCGGGCACCGAGUCGUCUGGCAAGACUGCGGGCACCGAGUCGUCUGGCAUUGGAUCGUCUGGCUCGACAGCGGGCAUCGGGUCACCAGGCAUCAGGUCAUUUGGCUCGCCAGCGGGCACCGCGUCAUCUGGCAAGGCAGUGGGCACCGAGUCACCAGGUACGACAGCGGGCUCUGAGUCAAUUGGCACGACAGCGGGCACCGGAUCAGGUACCGGAUUAUCUGGAUCAACAGCGGGCAUCGAGUCAACUGGC